AUGACAGGCUUCUCUGUUUCUCUUUUCGUCUCAAACUUGUCAAAUGUCGCCUCGUAUCUGUCUCCGAUCUUCGAGAAAAUCCCGUCCAAGGUUGUUCCGGCCCAGAUCGAGCAAGUUGUCUCUUUGGUCUCCCGGACUGGUAGGGAUCUGCAGCGUUACGAUAACGCAGGUUAUCGUCAAGUAGUUGGUUGCGUACCGUACAGAUACAAGAAGCAUGAAGUGAAUGGAAUCGAGUCGAAAGAGAUCGAAUUUCUCCUUAUCAGUGCUCAAAAGGGCAAAGGAAUGUUAUUCCCAAAAGGAGGUUGGGAGAUUGAUGAAUCGAUGGAAGAAGCAGCUUUGAGAGAGACGAUCGAGGAAGGGGGUGUAACAGGAGAGCUCGAAGAAAAGCUCGGGAAAUGGCAAUACAAAAGCAAAAGACACAACAUAAUCCACGAAGGAUACAUGUUCGCUUUGCUUGUUAAUCAAGAGUUUGAGCAAUGGCCCGAAGCGGAAAUUAGACAAAGGAAAUGGGUAGGUUUGGAUGAAGCAAGAGAAGUAUGUCAGAAUUGGUGGAUGAGAGAAGCUCUUGAAGCAUUCGUUAACCUGAAAUGUAACAGCGAGGAAGUUGAGAUUGGAGAGAAUAAUGCAAGUGGAAAUUGA